CUUUAUUCACCCUACAGCUGCCUUUCCACGACCUUUCCAGAUAAUACGGACUUAGGUUUCGCACACCGGAGAGUAGUUUCUUUUCCAUUCCCCUCUCAUUUGAUGCUUCAGCAGUAACGAAAAUGCCAUGUCGAAUCUGUCACGAUCUCACAGUAGAAUCCCCAUCCGACGUGCUCCGCCUUGACAAUAUUUUAUUUACAGGGCUGCAAAGUUCCGUCUUGCUUGGCUGUCAGGCCUGUUUCUUAAUCGAAAGUGGUAUUAAUUCGUUCAAACAUGUAGCCAAUAUCGUGGACCUGGACAUCUCGUCUUCGGUUGAGAGGCAUCAGGAGGAGAGACUCGGAGAACGAUUGCUAUUGCGUGUCACAACAAGAGAUAUCAAUGGUGAUGACACAAACCUGGAAUUCUAUAGUACAGAUGUUAGAAUAACUCAUCGUUGGCCGCUCAUCCCCAUAGCUUCCCAUAUCUCUACCGACUCCUCUUCACCCGGAUGUCUCCAUCAAGCUCGGAAGUGGCUGGACCAUUGCAUUCAGAACCACGGUCUCCAACUGUGUCGAUCAGGGACCAGGUCCAAACUCCCUACCCGGGUCAUUAAAGUCGGCGACGCUUCUACCCGUCCUUACUUGCACGAAUCAGCUCCUGGGGAAACUGGCUGUUACGCGACUCUUAGUUACUGCUGGGGAGCGGCAAGAACAUUUAUCACGACGAUUUCCUCGUAUUCCCAAAGAAAGACGGGAUUUUCCAUCGAAGAACUCCCCAAAACAUGUCACGAUGCCGUCCUCGUCGCCCGAGCUUUAUCGAUUCCUAAUCUUUGGAUCGACUCCUUAUGUAUCCUCCAAGAUUCCACCCCGGAUUGGGAGUUUGAAGCUGCGAACAUGUGUGAUAUAUAUGAGAAUGCAUUGGUCACGUUUGCCGCCGUGGAUUCGCCGAGCAGUGAUAGUGGGUUGUUCAC